UACCACGGAUUAGAUAGAGCUUCAAAAUAUGUUUUCACGGUGAUUUGUAAACAAUCCGAUGGAAACCCAAAAAAGACUAGAUCAGUAAAUGGAAGAUCUUGUGAAAACUAGGACCCUUUUGGAUCAAUUGAACGUCGGCAUCAUCCAAUAUUUGGGAAAGAAAAAUGGUGCUUGUAAAAUUGACUUAGACCAGAGGCCACCUGCAGAUAGACAUGCUGUUCUUAUGUGGGAACAGAGAAACACCUGUUUUUUGCCAGAAGAUCUGAAGAAUUUUUACCUGACGACGGAUGGUUAUAAACUGACAUGGUGUAUUAAAAUGGACAAUGGCCCUAUUCCCCUCGGAAAGCUCCACAUCAAUAGACUGGCUCAGUUAACACGCGUGGGAGGGAGCAUUGCACCAAGUCAUGUAAACCCUACCCUGGCAGAUCUAGACGGGGACUCGGACACAGAGGACCAGGCUUCGGGUUUGGAGAGGCCAACUUUCGACAAUAGAUGUAAGGUGUUUGAGUUGGACCCCUGUGAUGGCUAUGGCAGAGUUUGCCUUGUGUUUAAAGAAAGCAAGACAGGAAUGUCCUAUUUCGAUGCCAAUGAAUUAUUUGAUGGCAAAUACACAUCCGAACUUGUGCGAUUUGGUGGAAAUGACCCCAAAGUGGAGAUUUGGUUUCUGGACCGAGCCCUGAGGUGGCACUUCCUGACAGACUCGUUCAUUGCGUAUUACAGACUGUUACUAAUGCACCUCGGACUUCCUCAAUGGCAGUAUUCUCUCACUGACACAGGGCUCUGUCAACAAGCUCAGCAAUGGUUCAACAUGUAUGCCCCAUCUCGACUGGAGCUAGAUCGGGAAUCUGUAUGCGAGACUCAUUCUUCAUCCGCUGUGUCCAAGUCUGGCAGUGUUCUCGAUAUUAGCAAGGUCUUCAAAGGAAAAUCAGACAAAAAAAAGCCAGCUGCUUCCUCUCAGCCUAACGCAGCCAAUGCCAAGAAGAAACCUAUCAUCACAUCAGCCAAGUCUCAGCAAGUGUCCAAUACGAGAAUGUCUGCUUCUUCAUCUCAGAUCUCCAGUAAAAGUUCCAAAUGAACGUUGUUAUGAAAUGUCACUGUCGCCUUAUUUAUUGAUUUAUAAUAAAUCAUUUUAUGUUUUGA